AUAGUAUCACAUCAUUUAAAGCAGUGAUAUAACCGGGGAAGCCCUGACUGUAGGUCACUGAGACCAGCCUGUGCAAUAAAACACACUCUGACGUCACACCAGUUCCUUAAGAGUGAGAGUGACAGGAUGAUGGAUAUUGACGUGUUUCCUGGCACUGUGCGCUAACAGGCUGGAUGUAGUUAGUGAGCUUGGGCUGAGUUGUGAGGUGUUGUGUCACGUGGAUGGUGUGUGUGUGUGUGUGUGUGUGUGUGUGUGUUUGGCUUGGCUUAAGGCAGAGCUCCAGUUUAGUGGAGUCACAGGAUGGCAUGCAGGCGGCUGGGACGCGCUACGCAGCGGAAUUACACACACAUUUAACACUUUCUGGAAUAUAAUUUGGGAUUAGAUUUUUCUGUUCCUCCAGAGAGACGGACUGGAGCGCGAAUGAGCUGGAGCUGUGAAUGAAUUUUAGAUUUUUUUGGCAGGAUGAGUCGCGCUCGUUUCGGAGCUGGAGGUGGAAGGUGAAGUUGAGUGUGGUGAGCGGGGAUGGAGGUGGAGGAGGGUAAGAUCUCGGUGUGGGUGUGCCGGGAGGAGAAGCUGGUGUCCGGGGUGACGAGGCGGACGAGCUGCGCGGAUGUUGUGCGGGUGCUGCUGGAGGACCGGAGCUCUCCUGCGCUCGCGAGCUCCGCGCAAUCCUACUGCAUCGUGGAGAAAUGGCGCGGGUUCGAGCGCGUGCUGCCCAACCGGACGAAGAUCCUGCGCCUGUGGACGGCGUGGGGCCGCGAGCAGGACAACGUGCGCUUCGUGCUGGUCAGGAGCGACGCGUCGUUACCGGGCAGCGGGCCGCGCAGCGCAGAGGCUCGUGUCGUACCCAGUAAAGAGAGCCGGUGCGCGGAUAAAUGCGACCCCGCGACGCCGGUGGCUGUGGCGACGGCUGAGGAGGAGAUCUCUCAGGAGAAACGGCGCCGCGUGGUCCGAAAAGCGUUCCGCAAGUUAGAAAAGAUCAAGAAGAAGAAAGAGGAGACGUGCGCGGAGGAGUACGCGGAGAGGAUGGAGACGCUGGUGCACCUCGUCCUCUCGCAGGACCACACCAUCCGGCAGCAGACGCAGCGCAUCCGCGAGCUGGACGGCGAGAUCGAGAGGCACGAGGCCAGGGUGCACACGGACCGGAUGAGGCUCCACGGGAUCAAUUACGUGCAGGACACCUACCUGGUGGACGCGGGGGACAGCGCGAGCGCGGAGCUCGACGCAGACACGAUGGCGCGCUGCGACCAAGUGAUCCGACUGCAGGAGCAGCUCACCGAGCACCACGCGCUGCUGGAGAGACUCACCGGAGAAAUCCAAGAGGAGCUCGACAGGAGAUGGAUGACACGGCGGCGUGAAGGAGACGCGGAGGAAACGCAGGAGAUCGCGCUAGCGGAGACUCCGGCGUCUGAAAAAGACGUGCGCUUAGAAGAGGAGAGGAUCAAGACGCAGCUGGACACGAGCUCGUACAUCGGACUGCGUUUAAACACCGACCUGGAGGCUGUGCAGCGCGAGCUGGACGCGAGCCUCGAGGUGUGGGAGGUGAAGGAGCGCGAGCUGAGAGAUUUACUGCAGAAAAUGGACUCGAGUGGUGGCUGCGAUGAAGACGCAGGUGAAGGAGACGCUGUGUUCACAGAUGAUGUCCAGCCUCCACCUCCACCACCAUCUUCUGUGGACCACAGUGACUGCUGGGUGGAGCGGGUGCGAGGACUUUCAAAAACUAACCCGAGUGGCAACGAUGAUGACUCGGAUACUGGACUGAGUUCAAUGCACAGCCAGGACUCGGAUAACGCAGCGGUGUGUGAGUCACUGGUGUGAGCGCUGGGCAGCAGGAUCAGUGAACCUGAGGGGUUUCAGAGUCCUGCUCCUGCCCCUGUGUGGGACAAAGAAUCUGAACUGUACUGAUGGGUAGGAGUGAUUCAGCAAGGAGUCGGUUCUUUUUUAAACAACUCUUUUUAAGUGAGUCAAGUGAAUCAGUUCGCAGGCACAAAGUAAUGAAGUUAAUCCAGGUAUUUAGAAGGAGAGGAGAUCUGUCUGUCAUGGGUGCCAACAGUGUAGGAGUUGCUUUCAAGUUAGUUUUUAUUAAACAGAGUUCCCAACACUGAUAUCAUGGAAAGAUAUCUGUUUCUGACCUGAGGGCUUAGAUUAACUCUACAAAGGAAAUAAAUCGUCUGUCAUGAAAUAUGAAAUACACCUGCAGUUGCAUGUGGCUGUGCAAAGGAGCAAAGUAGGUUAGCUAUUUAACAUGUGCUUUGAGUUUGAGUUUGAGUUAGUUCAGACUACAUUAUAGCACAAACAAAACAAAACAACAAAACAAAACAAAACAAAAAACACAACUGAGAUCUAGACCAGUGUAUCUCAAACAUUUUACAGCAACCUGUUUCAAUGUAUUUAAAAAAAAUAAAAUAAAACAAAAAGUUAAAAAGUUCACAAAUCCUCUUGGUACAGAUUUAUUUUACAAACAAACUAUUUAACAAAUUAGGCUCAUUAUUUUAAUAUACAAUGAUAUUUUGCCUAUUUACUGAAGCUAGAAUGUUUCUAAACUUUCCCCUAAACAACCCAUUUUUAUUAAAAUUUUCAUUAGAUGUCAUUAGAUUGAGAGCAUUAAUUCAUCACAGAGCAUAUUUUCAGUAUUUACUAAAAAGCACAGGAAAUAAACCGGAAAUGUAUAUAGUUAGAGAGUGAGGAAUGUAAGUCUAAGAGGGUUUAAGGGGUUAAACUGGAUUGCUAAAUUGUAAAUAUGAUCUCACAGCUUAUAGACUACAUAUUAUCACACAAACAUUUCUCUAGAGACAGUCACACUACAAGGGAAAUUUCAAAUCUAGAGGCUGAAACUGUAGCUAAAAUCAGGCAUACACAAUCAUACACUAUCUAAUACUAUCAUAUUAUUUAUACUAAAUCAACUGCUAUCCAGCUACUAACAGACUACUAACUAGCAGGACAGAUAACGUACAAUAGAUCUGUGGGGGAAAAUAAAUCAGAAGUGUGUAGUUUGAGUCACUUGACUGGAUUUGUUUGAAAGAACUGAUUCUGAGUCUUCUUGCCCAUCACUACUGAACAGGUGGUGCUCAGGGAAACUGUAACUAUGGCUGAUUCGCUAUUCCCUACUCCCUAAAUAGGUGCACUACACAGGGUAAUGAGACACUUUCUGAGGACUGCACAGUUCCUAGAUGAGUUCCUGUUGUACUGUCUUAUCACACUGUAGGAACCGUGACCGUUAUGUAAAAUAGCAAAGCGAACAACAAACACAGAGGUGUUUAGACAAAAGUGUUAAUAUCGCUUUGCUUUGGUGCAUGAAGAAGAUCUUAACAUUUACAUUGCUCUUUAGAUGAAAAGUGUUACAGGGAUGUUGUCAGUUACACCAAACCACCUCUGUUAUACAGCUUUAACUAGCUUAAAAGCUUUAAUAAGGUAAAUGCAGGCAGGAGUGUUGGCCAUGCUGUAAAUGUGCUGUAAAGCAUUUGAACAACCUGCGAUGUUUAGUACAGAAAAGAUUCCUGUGAUGGAAACACUGAGGACUGAGUUCCUGCUUUACUUUCUUAUCGCACUGUAGGAACCGUAAAAUAACAAGUGAGUGUUUAGAUUGAAGCUAUUCAUUAUCACUUGGUUAAGUUGUUAAUGUUCACGUAGCUUUUUAAAUCAAAAGCAGUGCAGAAAUGUUGCCGUUUACAUCCAACCACCUCUGAGAUCAUCACUUCGUGUUACACAGGAUUGAAAAAAAUACUGGUAAAAAAACAGUUGGUCAUUCUGUAAUCCUUGCAACUGACUAAUCAGAGAUGUUUAGUAGAGCAAAGAUCCUGGAACUGUGACCCAGGAACUAAAAACUAACCCGGUUCCUCUGUUGUAAAGCUUAUGAGUUGUUGGAAAAUGUUUCUGAAAAGUUCCUGCAGGGAAACUUUGGUUUCUACACCCUCUGUAGUGCACAUUACAUCCAAUAGGGAGCCAUUUGUGAUUCUAUAGCUUAAACAACAUGUAGAAUCACGUGACGUAUGAAAUACAUGUAUAUGUGUGUGCUGUUAAACUGCUAACAUAGUUCGCCUCUCAGCGAAUCCACAGUUACUGAUGUGCUACUUACCAAAUAGUUACUAAUUAACUAAUGAGCGUAAGAUCAUGUCCAGUGUUCUUAGACCUAAGUUCUAAUAGGCUGAUGUAUAACUCUGUUUCCUGUGUAUAUAGUCUACAGAGAAAGAGAGAGACGGUGAAGACUGCUGGUCUCGUAAUCUCUGUGUCACUGAAUUAGGCCUAUUUAUUGUAGAAAAAAACCAAAACAAAACGACUGCACAGUUCUGCAGAGAUUUCAUAAUGAGGUAUAUGUGAGAUGUGUUAUUUUUGUGGAAUUAAAAUGACGUUCAGAGCGAAA